AUGUACAUAUGCCUUCUGAAUGGGAACCCCUGAAAACAGAGCCCACACACAUAAGUGUAUCCCGUCUCUAUCUGUAAUCUUGUCCUCUCUCGUUGACGGCAAUGAAUCAACUCCAAGACUCAGUUGAGUUACAGAGAUGGACGAGGAACCUCACGCCUUCGAAAACUUGGUUGCCAAAGCUCAGAGAUCCGGCGACGCGGAUUCGUUGCGGAUUGGUAGCGCAGGUAGCGAGAGGAGUUGCAGUUCCGAAGCGUCAGCUAUUGCAGCUGGCAAAGAACUUUCUGAAAGUCCUCAGUCUUCAAGACCCCAAUCACUGGGCAUAUAUGUUCUCGAACCAUUAAUUUUAAUCCUGCUAUUUGCCUACAACUUUUCUUCAACCGUUCUGAAAAAUAAAGUCAUCUACCAAAGCUGUACGGCGGGUUUAGGGUAUCCGGAUAGCGUUUGCCAGCUGCUGGGCACCAAAAAUGCCACGAAUGAAACAAUGAAAAUUGAGGAGCUGGUACAGCCAUACGCUGCGAAGGUCACGCUGGCUAUGCGGUUGGUGGAGUGCUUUAUUCCUGCUUUUUGUGGACUCUUUGCUGGAUCCUGGGCGGACCACUUUGGACGCAAGCCCCUUCUCAUGUGCUCCUUUCUAGGCUACGGCCUUCAGUAUCUCAUUUCAAGCGCGAUCGACUACUGUGCCAUGCACACCCAAGGUCUGGUCAGUCCCUGGUGGUACGUGCUCUCUAUCGUGCCGCUCUCCUGCAUGGGAAGUAGUGUCACCUAUUCAGUGGCUGCUGUUUGCUUUAUUGCCGAUGUGUCCGACGGCAGAGCUCGAUCCUACAGGAUGAUUGCCUAUGAAUUGGCCAUAUAUGUGGGCCUGCUCCUUGGUAGCCUGGGUUCUGGUUAUGCAUACGAGGCCACAGACGCCUACAUUGUGUUCAGCAUUUCUUCGGUUUGCGUUUUUACGGCUCUCUUUCUGAUGGCACUCCUUCUUCCGGAGAGUUUGGCCGUCGGGAAUAGGACACUAUCAACUUCAUCGACGGGCACUAGUGUGCUUUCCAUGCUGAAGAGUUUGUGGAAGACCUGCUCUAAGCCUCGUGAGCACCAGAAUCGCUUCAUGCUCACAACCAUUAUGGCAGUACUGCUCCUCACCGCAUUUGUAUCAGAUGGCAGCAACGCCGUGUUCUACAAGUUUAUGAGGAUAAAGUUCCACUGGACCGUAAAGGAGUUUACUGAGUACGAGACUGUCGGCAUUUUGGUUCCCGCAGUGGCUGGUUCAGGUGGAGUGUUCUUCAUUUGGUCUCUCCGCAAGUGCACCAAGUCGGCCGUCCUGUGGCUGGCAUUGGUGUCUCUUAUGAGCCACUGCGCCAGCAGCCUGAUGAAGGGCUUCGCCUGGGAGAGCUGGCAGAUUUACGUGGCCAUUGGGUUGGGUGUUUUCAAGUCCCUUGUGAAUCCCAUGUGCCGCUCCAUGAUCACCAACCUGCUGCCGGCUGAUGAACGGGGUAUGUACAUAUAUAUGGCUCUUUAUAGCGAGGUUCUUUACACAUAUCUGUGCUUUCCCUUCCCAGGUAAAGUCUUCGCCCUGCUUGGAGUCUUGCAAGCACUUUCCCCCCUCUUAUCUUCCACUUUGUACGUUGCUAUCUACACCCAAACACUGAACACGGAGCCGGGGAUUUUCAAUGUGUUUAGCGCCUUUUUAUUUGGCAUAGGCAUUAUUCUACUGGGGUACGUUGCCUUGAGCAAUAUACAAUUGCUUUCCCAUAUGUACUCGCUAUUAAAUAUUUCAGCACGGUUUGGCACAAAAAGUCGAGAAAUCAGGUGUUCUAUGAGCCAGUUUUUAAAUGAUCGAUGAACGCUUCAAGAAGAAUGGAAGAAAGCGCCAGUCAUGCCCAGAUUUGGCUAUCAGUUACACAGAUGGACUGGCUUUGGAAACUCCCUCGACUACCUCUUUACGCGAAAUCCACUCAACCGUAAAUCACUUGGAGCUUAUUUACAUACUCGAUUGUCGCACAAUAGCCUAUACAAACUCAAGCAUAGAGUAUAGUUUGAGGAAUUGUGCUUUCUGCCCUCUGCCUUGCUAAUAUCUGGAGAUCUCACUCUCCUUCCCUGGGGAAAAUCGUUUAAUUACAGCGCAAAAUAUUUUCUCAUUAACGAAAUAUGGGUUAUUAUUGCAGCAAAGCUGUGGCGUGUGCGCAGUCACUUGACAAUUCUUACGGAAUAUCUAUAAAAAUGUUUGGAUGUGCAUACUUUCGUAUGCCCAAUGAUUGGUGCUAACUACGGAUUUGAGCGAACGCUAAUUCCACUCGCUAAUUUUGAAUUAGUCGCCAGGUUUUUUACACCCUUGAUCAAGAUCGGUAUUAUUUGUCGCUAUACUCGAAAAGCGAAUGAAACUCAAUUUACGCACGAAUUUAGUGCCAACGGAGCAGAACGAAAUCCCUGGAAUUCUGUGUGGAUUGAAGCCGACCAUAUCGCAUGGAUUGUCAUCAGGCCAAUUAAAAUGAAUGUAACAUACAGAUUCUAACAAUUAUAAAUUCAAUUAUAACUAUAGCGAUUUUAUUCUUGCAUAAGCUUAAUAUUCAAUGUUGCGAUUUUUUAAUUAUUUCCUUGAUAUAAAACAGUGGAAGUAAA